AUGUUGGCUUCAGAAAGGUUACCCAUCUUCCCGUCCAAAGGCAAUCAGCGUUACUUGAUGCAACGUCUGCAAGGAGCACGUAAGGGUUACAUGUUGCUGAAGAAGAAGGCGGACGCGUUAAAUUUUCGAUUUCGUUUGAUCUGCACGAACCUUGAGAGCACGCGUGAUAAUGUGAACGAGUUACUUAGGGCGGCAGCACUGUCGCUGGCAGAGGUAAAAUACGUAGCUGGGGACAUUGGUCCAGUAGUCAUGGAGAAGGUGGACGUAGCCAGGAUAACCGUCGAGCACAGUACCGAGAACAUAGCCGGAGUGACGUUAUUAAAGUUCAAAGCUUGCGACAACGAUCAUGACACUUAUAAAUAUUUAUGUCUGGCUAGGGGUGGUCAGCAAUUGGCUUUGUGCAAAAAAGCAUACAAAAAGGCAAUUGACAGUUUGACGGAGCUUAGUACGAUAUACUUGGGUAUACGAACCCUGGCGGAGAGCGUGAGAAGUAAUCAGAAACGGGUACUAGUCAUGGAGCAGAUAAUAAUUCCUCGAGUGGAGUUGACAUUGAGUUACAUAAAUUCCGAAUUGGAGGAGAUCGAUCGCGAGGAUUUCUUUAGGAUCAAGAAGAUUAAGACGAAGAAACGUCAGGAGGAUGAGGAGGACGGACUCCAAGAGAAGAUGGAGCCACCUACGAGAAUAUGUAACACUUUGGAUGAACUAUCGGAAACGUAA